CCAAAAUAAAUAGAUAAAAAUUUUAUCUAAGGUUCGAAUUUUAAAUAUAUUACAUAUAUAUUAUUAAAUGUAAUUUAAAAUAAACAUUUUUUUUUGCUUAUUUUAUGCUUUAAUAAUCAACUUUAUAUUAAAUAUUAGUCAAAAAUAAUAAAAUAUAUAAUAUUAAUAAAUUCUAUUUUAAAUAUAAUUUAAUUUUUUAAAAAUUUAUCAUUGCACAUGGUGCAGGAAAACACCUAGUUACUAGAUAAUUGGUGAUUUAUUUUGCCUAUGGGAUUUAAAACGAUCUUAUGUACUCUGCUAUCUAUGGUCGAAUGUACAUUGCCAACACAAUCAACGUCAUGAUUUCGAGGGUGCAUGUAUUCCUAUUGUAAACCCAGCUAUUAUCUACUAAGAAACGCCACACCAUCACUAAGACGGGGGUAGCGAAGGUUAGGUCUUCACUUUUAUUGAUAAAUUCACAUAUUAGAAACCACAAUAAUAAAUUGUUCGAAAAAUGUUCCAAAAGAAAAGAAACAACAAUAAUAAAAUUGCUUUAGCAAAUCAAAGUUAUAUAUAAAAAAAAAGAAUUGUGAUAGUCAUACGAAAGUCGCAACCUAACAUGGCCAGCCGCCGAUAUUGAAGAAGAAGCAAACGAUACUUAAGUAUAAUUGAUGUAAGUAUAAAGUAAAAAUAGGGAAACAAAAGGUUGAAGUUAUAGUGUCACAACACUAUGACGUCGUUGAUGUAGACAUAUUUACAAGAAAGAACAUAAGUUGAAAUCCAAUAAAGAGCACAUGCGAAUUUCGCUUAUUUUAAGCUGUUAAUCUUCUUCGUUGGAUUGAUAAAUGAUGAGAUUGAAUUAGAAUUAAAUUAUACUAGUGAUCUGUAAUCCAUAAUUCAACCUUUCAUGACGUACGGCAGGAUGAGGUCAUGAACCCUACGUCACUUUUGACGGAGCUCACUUACUUACGCCGUUUAAAUUGGUUCCUCCGUUUUCUACGCCCAGUUAUUAGGCGUUCCAUCUUCUCAGGUGCGGUACCACAUGACUUUUGGACCCGUCCUAUUGUCAGAGAUCUAUAACUUCACUCUCACCGAUGUUCUGUGAUACAAACCUACUUUUUUGUGUUUUUUUCUAAAAUAAUUAUGAAGAAAUGAAAUUAUAUGCAUUCUUGACGGGCCAGUAACUUUUUUUUUUGGUGAAAGGGCCAGUUUUAUUAACUAGUGAAGGGAGGUUACUGUUUUUAUUCUGGUCCUUACUGCCGAGUACAAAUGAUUCAUGGGCCUGGAGAAAGCUCCUGGACCUCAGACCACUCGCUCUUCGCUUCUGUAGAACUAAGUUGGGGAACGGCCAAUCCGCGAGCUUUUGGUUCGACCCAUGGACACCUUUGGGUCAGUUAAUCAACUAUAUUGGUUCGAAUGGUCCGAGAGCCCUCCGUAUCAGGGUAAAUGCGGUGGUGGCUGAUGCGAUUAGAGAUUCCACAUGGUCCCUGCCUCACCCAAGAUCGCAACAGGAAGUUGAUCUUCAUUCUCAUCUCACUACUCUUUCUUUGCCUUUAUCUCAUGAUACAAUUGAUGCUUGUGAAUGGAUUGCUGGUGAUCAUUCUUUGACUGUUUUCAGCUCUGCCACCACAUGGGAUGUUCUUAGACCGAGGCAGCAGACAAAAGAUUGGGUGGACGUGGUCUGGUUCAAGGGGACGGUACCGAAGCUCGCUUUCACGAUGUGGAUAGCGAACUAUGACAGACUUCCAACAAUGGCGCGUCUCGCAGCUUGGGGACUUCCGGUUUCUCCUACCUGUGCGUUCUGCUCCAGAUUUGAUGAAACAAGAGACCAUCUAAUGCUGUCUUGCGAUUACAGCCAGGACGUUUGGACAGAGGUGCUUCUUAGAUGUAACCCGUCUUCAACAACAUUCACAAUGUUCACAAAUUGGCAGGAGCUCAUGUCUUGGAUACGAGAGCCACUGUCUAAAAGUCUAAAGCUACUUAGGAAACUGGCUGUACAACUUGUUAUCUUCCACCUGUGGAAACAAAGGAACAACCUAAAGCAUAAUCAGAUAUCUCUCCCUGCAGCUCUAAUCUUCAGUGGCAUUGAUAAGGAGAUGAGAAACAUUAUUUCGGCUAACAGGGUUAGAAAGGCUUUCAGUUUGCUUAUGGCCAAGUGGCUAAGAUAAGUUUUUAAGUGUGUUGUCCAUGAUCCAUCUUGUUUUUUAUUUUUUUUUUGCCAAGAUGGUUCAAAUUUAAGAUCUUGCUUUGUAAGAACUUCUUUCAUCUAUGAUAUUUACAUUUUAGCAAAAGAAAAGAGAAGUAGAUGCGGUGAAAUAAAUUUGAUGUCCAAAAACAAAACAAAAAAGUCUUGAAUCUAAGAUAAUGAGUUUAUAUGUAAUUGUUUACUUUAUACUUAAUACUAAUAGGGCUGUUAGUUAAGUCAACUAGAAAUGCUCGCUGCUUUUGUCUUUAUAUCGUGGGUUAUAUCUCAAGGGCCACAUACACAUUACCUAAUUACAUAAUACUAGUAUGGUAAUUAAGGAGUGUAUCGUAAUUAACACACAAGUAUAUAUAUAUAUAUAUAUAUAUAUAUAUACACGAAACUUCGUAUCAACAACCUCAUCAAUAUAUAUACGAAGAGACCCAUCACAUCUCCUAGUUAAAAAUCUGGGAUUUACUCAAAACGUAGAGAACAUUGCUCAAGUCAAAAAGUGACCAAAAAGAUGAACUCUUGCCAGCAAAAGGCUAUGGAGACGCUGCUUCACGGCCAUGGGUGUGCCAACCAGCUCAAGCUCAUCAUGGACCACGCCAAGUCAGACUCGUCCAUGGAAAGGGAGGACCUGGCCAAGUCCGUCCUCCAUUGUUUCUCGGAUGCUCUAGCCAUCUUGAUCGAUACAAAUGACCAUCAUCAAGGUGACCAAUCCAAUAACUCAUCUCCCCAGGAUGCGUCGCCUGUUCUUGAGAACAGCAGGAAACCACUUCACAAGAGGGGAAGAAAGACAUCAGUGGCAGAGAGCUCAGACUACCGUAGACACGAAUCCCCGAACCCGAUCUACCACGAUGGCUUUCUCUGGAGGAAAUAUGGACAAAAGCAGAUCAAAGAAUCAAAUCACCAAAGGAGCUACUACAAGUGUGCGUACACUAAAGACCAGAAUUGUGAAGCAAAGAAGCAGGUUCAGAUGAUUCAAAACAAUCCUCCAUUAUACUCAACCACUUACUUCGGCCACCACACGUGCCAACUUCACCAAGCCUAUGCAACUUUCCCCAGGGACCCCUCUGACCCGCAGGAUUCCCACAUGAUCCGAUUUGAUCACCCAGACUCCUCCAUCCAUCAACAUCAGAACCAAAGUCAGAAUCAGAUAAUUUAUUUAAAAGAUGAAAACAUGAUGAUGUUAUGAUAAAUCAGAGAGUGGUCGUCUCCAUCUCAGUGGAUGUCCUCGGAGGUUGCUCACGCGGUGGAGGCUUUCGGGUUUAAUCCUUUUCGCACAUCAAGUGACUUAUCAUGACCACUUACAUCCUUCCCUUCUCUAUCAUCAUACAUAUGUAGCUUCGUUAAUUAUAUGUUCCCACCUACAAUCCGAUAUAGUAUCCUAGCUACUCUUACGUUUUCGCGUUAUACAUUUCUGUCUACUUGUGUACAUCACUUGAAGCUUUUGUUUUUAGUUAAUACGUAUUAACUAGCUUCAAUAACACGUGAACAAAAGUUUGGACU